UGUGCAACUUCUUAAUCCAUUAUCAAAAUCGUGCAUGUUGAAUGGACCAUAAUAAUAAUAGCUACCAAAAACUGCUACCACCAUUGACUUCAACUACUUCCACUUUUCAUCAUCCAUGGAGAGACAGCGAAGUUUCUCUUUCAAACCCACUAGACUCUUACUCUUCACAUUCACUCUCUUUUCUUCCAUUUUCUUCCUUUCAUUUUUCACUAUCUCCCUCACCAAAUCCACCACCACAGCACCUUCACCAAUCACUCUUGUUCCCAUUCUUCAACCUGGAACUCUCCACUCUUUCACUCAAAACAACUUCACUCGUGCUAAUAUCUCAACUUUAAUCGAUAACCGUCUUUCUAGAAGCGUCAACAGAUCCAAAUCUGAAGCUGUGAGAGACCGUUCUGUUGCUUCGAGUGUUGAGUUUGGUGAAAUGCGUGAUAAUGGAACGAUGGUUGAGGUGGUUGGUUUAGUGGGGAAGAGUAAAGUUUCGAUUUUUGAGACAGUUGAAGUGAAGAAGAAGGUGGUGAAAGGGUGUGAUUUGAGUAAAGGGUAUUGGGUUUUUGAUGAAAGGUAUCCUCUUUAUGGGAGAGAUUCUUGUCCUUUUGUUGAUGAAGGUUUUGAUUGUGAAGGGAAUGGAAGAUUGGAUAGAAAUUUUACUAAGUGGAGAUGGCAACCUCAAGAUUGUGACCUUCCAAGGUUCAAUGCAACAAAAAUGUUGGAGUUGAUAAGAGGGAAAAGGCUAGUUUUUGUGGGUGAUUCCAUUAAUAGGAACCAGUGGGAAUCAAUGCUGUGCAUGUUAUUGAGUGCUGUUAAGGAUCCAAAGAGGGUGUUUGAGGCACGCGGGAGGAAAAUUACCAAAGAGAAGGGGAACUAUAGUUUCCGGUUUCUGGAUUACCAAUGUACUGUUGAAUACUAUGUAAGUCAUUUCUUAGUUCAUGAAACCAAGGCAAGAGUAGGGCAGAAGCGAAGACCAACGUUGCGGAUUGAUGCCAUUGAUCACGGUUCGUCGAGAUGGAGAGGAGCUGAUGUUUUGGUUUUCAACACAGCUCAUUGGUGGUCGCAUUACAAAACCAAAGCUGGGAUAUAUUACUAUCAAGAAGGAACUAUGGUUCAUCCCCGGCUAAAUGUUUCUACCGCUUUUGGUAAAGCUUUAACCACUUGGUCCUCAUGGGUGGACAAACACAUAAAUUCUAAGAAAACACAAGUUUUCUUUCGAACUUCAGCGCCGUCUCAUUUCAGGGGAGGUAAUUGGAAUUCAGGAGGACAUUGUACAGAGGCAACUCAUCCUCUUAAUGAAACCUUAAACACAACUUAUCCGGAGAAGAAUAUAAUCGUAGAAGAAAUCAUAAAGCGAAUGAAAACUCCGGUGACAUUGUUGAAUAUAACUAGUUUGUCAGAAUUUAGGAUAGAUGGUCAUCCAUCCAUUUAUGGGAGAAAAACUCAAUCAUCAAGAAUUCAAGAUUGUAGUCAUUGGUGUCUCCCAGGGGUUCCAGAUACAUGGAAUGAGAUGUUAUUUUUUCAUUUACAAAGUAGAUUAGAGUGAACUGUUUCAAACUUGUAUCAUCAUUUUUUCUGCAACUGUGUAUAUGUAGUUUGUGAAAGUUUCCACGAGUUCAUGAAGAUGAAUGAUUUUAUGCA